UGAAGGCUUUCUGCUGACUUUUUUACUCAGGAUGAAACUUCCUGAUGCAACCCUGGCCGGGAAUCGAACCCAUGCGAGGCAGAUGCGUGUCCCGUUACCGGAGGUGGGACGCCUCACGCUUGGGAGACAUAACGGAGUGAUUCACACGCUGCAGUAUUUCCACACUGCGUCCUCUCAAGUUCCAAACUUCCCAGAGUAUGUGAGUGUUGGUUAUGUUGAUGGAGUUCAGAUUUCUCACUAUGACAGCAACAGCAGGAAAGCAGAAGCCAAACAGGACUGGAUGAACAAAAUCACAGCAGAGGAUCCAAAAUACUGGCAGAGAGAAACAGAGAUCAAUGUUGUUAGUGAGUUGACUGGCAAACACAACCUUGAAGUUUUUAAGAAGCGUUUCAACCAAACUGGAGGUGUUCACAUUCUCCAGUUGAUGUCUGGAUGUGAAUGGAAUGAUGAGACUGAUGAAGUUAAAGGUUGGCGUCAGGAAGGUUAUGAUGGAGAAGAUUUCAUAUCGUUGGACAUGAAGACAUGGACAUUUACUGCAGCAAAACAACAAGCUUUCCCCACCAAACUCAAGUGGGACCAGGACAAACAUCUACUAGAUGACAAGAAGUUUUACUACACUGAGAUAUGUCCUUCUUACUUGAAGAAGCAUGUGAACAAUGGGAAGGAGGUCCUAAUGAGAACAGGUAGAAACACAACAUGUACUUUCACCUUUUAACUUGUUAGCACUCCCCCUAUAGGAACAUUACUGACAUUACACCCUGUCUCUUUAUACUCUUCACCUCAUUCUCUCAUUCUCUCCAUCUUU